AUGUCAAUUAAAAUUAAAAAUUUUAAAAAAAAUAUUAUUAUUAAUAAUAAUAAUUUUAUAAAUGAAAAUAAUUGUAAUAAUAAUAAUAAAAAUAAUAUUGUACAACUUUGUAUUAUGGGCGAUGGUGGUGUUGGUAAAACAGCAGUAACAACUCAAUUUAUUUCAAAUCAUUUUGUUUAUUAUUAUGAUCCAACAAUUGAAGAUUCAUAUCGUAAACAAAUUUGUGUUAGUGAUAAAUCAUAUAUUUUGGAUAUUCUCGAUACUGCUGGUCAAGAUGAACUAACCGCAAUGAGAGAUCAAUGGAUUAGAUCAUGUGAAGGAUUUGUAUUGGUUUAUUCAAUUACAUGUAAAUCAUCAUUUAAUCAAGUUUUAAAUUUUAGAGAACAAAUAAUACGUGUAUUGGAUAGAGAUGAUGUACCAAUUAUGAUGAUUGGUAAUAAAUCAGAUUUGGUUAAUGAAAGACAAGUUACCUAUCAUGAAGGUAAAGAAUUGGCUCAAAGAUUAGGUAUGUCAUUCAUGGAAGUCUCUGCUAAAAAUAGAUCAAAUAUUGAUGAAGUUUUUCAUGAAGCAGUUUGUUGUGUUAAAAGAAAAGAAGAAUUAUAUAGAAUUAAAUCAAAACAUGUAAAAAUAUUAAAAAAAAACAAAAAUCCAUUAAAAAAAAAAAUUAAUGAAAUUUGUAAAGUUAUGUAA